CUCUCAGUCUCAGCUCCACGCUAACCGCCGCCACCCCGUCAGCAUCUAGGACUUCGUCGUUCGUUGCUCGUUGCCAUCAUUUCGCGGAGUUUCCGUCUUCAGGAGCUAAAGAGCAACUGGUGUCAUGGAUGAAUCAUUCACAGUUCAGAUCAGCAGCAACUUAGUUAAAAAACUUCUCGAUGAUGGUGAGACUGAGAAGGUAAAAAAGAAAACCAGGAAGCCAAGACAAAAAAAUCCCCAACAACCUCAAGCACAACAGGUUCCUGGUGAUUUAGAGGCACUUGGAGGCCCAUCUUCAACUGCAUGGCCAAUUCAGCCUUCUCUUUACCCGCCACCACCACUGCCUUCUCAUAAACCUCCAAAUUCAAACUUAGAGGCCAUCCGGUCUGUCCUUGAGGAGAGCGAGAAAGUCGUGGAGAGGCUGCGUAAGAAUGAGGAGAACAUGUUGCAGGAGGUCACUGAAAGAGCAAAGGGUCUUCAUGAUAAAGAGUUCGAGCUUCGAAAUAGCAAGCCCAUACCGUGCCUUGACGAGAAGAUUGCAUGUUUAAAUUGCUACAAGGAACAUAUUAAUGACCCUCUAAAAUGUGCCCAACUGGUCAGAUAUUUUGCAAAUUGUGCUCGCACAGUUAGGCGGCAAGUCGGUCAUGGCAACUAG